AUGUCCACGCCACACGACCCACGCCAAGCUGUCGGCUACGAAGCUCGUGGCGGUAAGGAGAUCCUGCGCUACGUUAGCGGCGUGAUCAAACCGGGCUCCAUCGCGCUAGUGUCGGACCAGCCCGGCUUUAGCAAGACGUCGCAGAUGAAGGCGCUGAGCGGCCGCUUUGUGUUGGAGAAGGUCGUGACGGUCGCGGGCGAUGUGGUGUGCCCACAGGCCAACAUCAUGCGUCGCCUGCCGCAGCUUGUGGCUUACGUGGAGCAGCGCUACAAGCUCUCCCCUACGCUAAUGGUGAAGGAGACGCUUGAGUACGAGCAGCGAGUACAAGUGUGUGACCACCGGCGAGAUGGAAUUCGGCAUGAACGCGGCGUCACCAAUAAGAUGCAGAAGACCGUGGUGGUUGCGCUGCUUCAUCUGGCGCCGAAGGUGUUCGAGGUGUUCGACGAGGUGACCAUCCUGAACGACGGCGAGAUGAUGUGCCACGGCCCGCGCAAGGUCCGCUUCGAGUACUUGGGCUUCAAGCGUCCGCCUGAGCGCGACGUGGCCGAAUACCUUUUGGACCCGGGAACGAACCCACCAUACUUAAGUACAAGUACGGAUUAUCGGAGAUGGCGCACCACCCGCUCGUAUUACCAGUGCCAAAUUGGUAAGUACUGCUUCCACGGGAGACGUUAA